GGUGUCGCAUCAGGGAAACAAGAGACCAACAUAGUCUAAACCUACAACAACCUAUUCUACAGAAACCUCACAGCCUCAUCCUUUUCUCUUCUAGAGUGGCCAAAGCUUCUGUAGUUCCAUCACCCGAAAGAAUAGCAAACACAAACACAAACGAAGCAAAGGAGUCAAACUACCGCCACCACCACCACCAUCAUCAUUCACGAUGUCGUUCGAUCGUCUACCCUCCCUCGAGGCGCAACCGACAACCUCCCGCGCAACGGGCUACUCCGACAGCCCGGAGUUCGACCGUCUAACAACGCAGUUAUCCUCACAACUUUUCACUUUAACAAGUAACAUCUCAAACUUGAACCGAGAAUUGAGUCUAGUGGGUACGAAGCGGGAUAGCGAAGCCCUCAGGGAGAGAGUCAAAAAACUGCUUAAUGAGACGAGGGCGGGAUUCAAGAGUGUUGGGGAGGGGGUCAAGAAGGUUCAGGAUUGGCCGGAUGUUUCUCCCAGUCAACGUUUCGUCCAGCAGAAACUCUCGCGAGAGAUGUCCUCUACACUUGCAGAUUUCCAGGCCAUCCAGCGACUGUCUGCUGAGAAGACUCGAGACUACGUCACUGCCGCCCGCCAAGCGCAGCAUCUCACCCAUGACGAGGGCGUCCCGACCGAUGACCUAGCAUACUCCUCCAAGUCGGGAGGCCAGCAGCAAGUUCAGGUCCCACUAGUCCAGCAGCAAUUUGCGCUGGCGGAACAGAGCGAGGUGGAGUUUCAAGAGAGCUUGAUCAUCGAGCGGGAAGAGGAGAUUCGAGGAAUAGAGCAAGGGAUCACGGAACUUAAUGAGAUAUUCAGGGAUUUGGGGACUAUGGUCAGUCAACAGGGUGAAAUGAUUGACGAUAUUGAGGUUUAUGUGGGGAACACGGCUACCAGUACUAAGGCUGCAGAUCAGGAGUUGACACAGGCAGCGAGAUAUCAGAAGGGCGCGAGGAAUAAGGCCUGCUGUUUGCUACUGAUUCUGUCAAUCAUUCUGACGGUUGUGUUGUUGGCGAUCUUCCUUGGUUAAUUCGAUACGAUCUGUUCCAUACCACAGUAUCCCCAAAUUACCCCUCCUCUCUCCAUCUCACACUCCUCUCAUUUCCUGGGUCGGAACUUUUGCGCCGGUGUUCCUGUUGGCUGUGGUCCUUCCUCUCUUCCCCUCCUGCUUGUAGCCGGGUCACGGAUUUUCUGAAGCAAUCGACUUGUCUCUACCACCGUACCGCACUUUCAUGCCGUGUCCUUUGCUCAUUCACCUCCUCUUUUUUUUUCUUCAUUUUUUGUCGUCCCCAAGUGUUGAAUAAUUUUUUCUCAUACAAAGUUAUGCCCAUCUAUCACA